AUGGUGCCUGGAAGCAAAUUUAAGAACACUGAAUUGAUAUUACCAUGUGAAUGUGAAUGGAAAGAAUGCUGCUUUGGAGGGAAAUACAUGGAGGAAUUUUGUAAUCAUAUUGCGGAACACUUGGAAGAGCAUCUACAGCAUCCCCUGGAAACAGCAGGUCAUUUAUUUCUCAUCUGUCACACAGAUUGCAUUGCAGUUUGGAAGAUUAUUCCUAGCCUAGAAAAUAAAACUGACUUCAGUUUACCUGCAUUGCAGAUGUUCAUAGCUUUUCUAAGGCCCAGCUGCGUGAAGCCCUUAGACAAGGACUUACACCUGCUUUUUGCUGAGUUACCUUCAGUUAACCCAGUGUGGUUUUAUCAACAUGUUGCUAUUCAUGCCCAUGCUACUGAGAAAGAAACUGUUACAGAUCAGAAGAAAGGUGUUUACUGUCACUGGAAAGCUAAUUGUUUAAGUGUAUUUAAAGGAAAGCAUGAGCUACGGGAUCAUUUAAGAACCCACACACAAGAAAGAGUUGUAGCAUGUCUUACUUGUGGAGGAAUGUUCUCCAAUAACACAAAGUUUUUUGAUUAUGCAAAGAGUCAAGUUUCAGAAGAUAGUAAGUUAUUUGUUUGUCAGAACUGUCAGAAACAUUUUGUCAAUGAAAGGUUGCUACAAGUUCACAUGAGGGGACACGUUAAUCCUGUUACAUGUGCCCUUUGUGAUACAGUAUGCACAAGUGUCUCCUCACUGAAAGCACACAUCAGAUUCCGUCCUUUCCAUUGUCACCUCUGUGACAGUGGUUUUAAGAACGCGUAUGAUCUGCAUAAACAUGUUGAAACACACAGUGAUUCAGAUGCCUACAGCUGUGAUGUUGAAGGAUGUGGUUUUACUUCACGGACUUUACGAACUUUGAGACAGCAUUACGAGAAAGUUCAUGUGGUGAGUUGCAUUCUGAAAUACAAAUGCCACAUCUGUCAGAAAUGUUUCUCCUGGAGUUAUACAUUGACCCUACAUCUUCGAAAAGCUCAUAAACUCAGCAGUUAUUCUCGUUUCGGAUAUGAAAAAGAUUAUGAAGGUCAGAGUUUGAAUUUAGCAGUAUAUAAUGCUGUCAUGGAUUUAGGACAGGCUCUUAAUAACAAGAUGGUAACAAAUAAGUCUUCAAGUCAAAAUAGUUUUGGAAGAAGAAAAGGAGGGGACUCUUGCAAAAGAGACACUUCAACAGCAGAAGUACUUUUCACACAGCUUCAGCUGUGGUCACAAGUUACUGGAGAAAAUGUUCUGGUAGAAAUAGAGACUUAUAUGCCAGAGCCUGUGUAUUCUGAACUUUAAACUGCUGUACAGCUGUUUGAAAACUAUUGUACUUUUGCUGAAGUUGAUGAAGCAAAACCAAUGAAUAUGAAGGAAAAGCUAGGACUGGAACGGGGCUUGGGAAUUCAGAGAGCUUUCCAGAAAAACAGCAUUUUCAUGGAUUUUGACU